UUGCCAGUUUGUGCAAUAUGUUGUCUUAUGAUUCAUUUUAGCAAUGGGUUCUUAUUAAAUGAUCUUUCUCAUACCAAACUAAUGGUUACAUAACAUAUUCAAGAUAAGCAUGUUUUGGGAUGGAAUGGUGUCAUGGAUAUUCUGUUACAGUAAGGCACUAUCUCUACUCUGUUAGUUCCCUGACUGCCACAUGUUGGUGGAGAUUGGUACUGUAACUCCCCAGGGUGAUAUCCAACAAUCCAGAUGUCUGAUUACAGUCAGUCUGAACAGUCAUGGAAGCCAAACAACUGCUGUGGACCCUACCGUUUCUCACACUGUUGCUUACCGAGAGUGGCUUGUGUGGCCGCACCUGGCUGAGCAACCUCAGCUAUAACAACUCCCAUAAUUGGAACAUCGGACGAGUACCUUGCGCUGCUGACAGAGCUGUCCUCGAGUCUGCUGUCCUUCAGCUCCCUGUAGGCACUACUUCUCUGCAAGCUCUCAUCUUGGAUUCUUACACAGAAGUGUUGCUUCCCGCAAAUGGAGUUCUUCAAUUUACUGGGAAGAAAAAUACAGAUGCUUGCAAUGGACAAGAUGCGGUGUUCAAACCAACCAAAUCACUAAGUUGGAUAGACCCACACAACUGGGAUGGCUGGAAUGCUGCUACUCCUGAUUUGGAGAGGAUACCGUGUGCUUCUGAUCAUGUGAUCUUUCCACCUGGUGGCACCUACAGAGUCAUAAUGCCUGAUGUUGUUAGAGUUGGAAGCUUCAGCAUUGACGGAAGGGGAUUGUUUUCUACACUGGAGUGGUUUGAGUUUUCCAAUCUCCAUGAAGGCUCUCGCCAAUUCUUCAUGUCAAACAGAGAAGAAGCCUAUGUAGAGAUCAGUGGAAAUGCUUGUCCUCAGACUGAGUGGUGUGAAUGUGGUAACAACUAUAUGCAUUCAGAAGUUUGUAGUAGAGUUUCUUGCGCUGAGCCCCUUUGCAAGCAACCUAUCCAACCUUCAGGCUUCUGUUGUCCGAUAUGUGGUGCCUACUUCCUGUUAAAUGGUAAAUCUUGGGACAGUCACCAGCUGACUGAGGACAUCAACAGAUUCCUGAAGGACAAAGGAGUUUUGUGGCACGCCAGCAAGGUGGGGGAACUGCUCCAGCUAGUUCUGGUAGAGGAUGGAGAGUAUAGUGAAAAGGUCCAUGAUAUUGCACAACGCUUGAAGACUUCUAUCAUCAAUAAUGGUAAAGGAUGGACUGCAAAAGAAUUACACGUGUCAGGACAUGUCUGGUACCCAACAACAUUCGGCCAAGUGAUGGGUCAUUUCUUCUCGCUCUUAGUGUUUGCUGGAUUGAUUCUUGCAGCUGUCAUUGUGUUUUACUCACGUAAAUGGUCAUGGGUGCAGUUUUCGCCAACAGAGAGUCGGCCGUUUGUAUUUGCUCGCUUUGAGAACCAAUCAAGUGAGGUGAUGGUAGCGAGUGAGCAGCCUAUACACUCGGUCACUCACACACCUCCUCAGGCCUUUGAUAACCCUAUGUAUGGUGCCACUGGCCAGGAGCAGAGGAAUAUUACUGUUGAAAAUCCUGUAUACACAGAACUGGAAGAAACUACAAACGAAGGACCAAUGCAGGCUGAUACAACUGUAGACACUAGUGACUAUUCUGGUCAAAAAGUUUAAUCUUACUUUUUGUCUGUAAGGUAAUGCCUUUCACCGAGUUAUCCAUUCUGAAUUUCAACUGAACUGGAAUGUGAUUUAUUAAAGUAUUAAUGUAAGCUUCAAUUAUUUUUGAUGUUACUUAAAAAGUGUGCUGUGUAAACAAUAAAUUUCACCUUGUUAACUCAAUUA